UGUAUCAGUGCCUUUAAUAUCCUUCGGAAAUGGACGAUUUCUAAGCUCGUCACACCUAAACUGGGGAUCCGACUAUGGCAGGCGAGAAUGAGCCUCUUCCUUCUAGCCAUCGAGAUUGCCCGUCUAAGGAGCAUGAACACUGGUUCUGCGUCCUUUGGGUGUGGGGACCGACUUUGUGUCCGGUCUUUCUUCGAGGCUGUCCUAACCUCGGCUGUUGUCAGUUCAGAGAUUCAUAUGCACCAUCGUCCAUGGUAA